AUGCUGGAUGGGUUGCAUCUUGCAGGUGGCGCAGAGAUGUGGGCGAGGCUCCCGGCCAACGGUGCGUGGGAGAGCUGGGUCGGGCUCCGGCGAAGCUUGUCCGGCCUUUACUGCUCCUCGCUUGACGGCAUGGACGAAACUAGGGUGCACACGCCGUUGAAGAUGGCCAUGCCCGGGGAGGUUUGUUACGCCACCAACGGCACGACCGUACUGAGGGGAACGUUGCCACGGGAGCCGAUUUGCACAGAGAAUCUGAUACCUCUGAUCAAGAUGCUCCCAUGUCGAUCAAAGAUCGGACUCGGCAGUCUACUCCACCCCACCCGUCUGUUCCAAUCAGACUACCACUCCAUAUCUGUGAAGGCAUCGGCUACAUUCUCCGACCGCACCGACAACCACAACCACCCGGGGUCACCAGACGACACCGCUGGUGCUGCCGACACAGGCGGUGGCGCCGUGAUCACAUCCUUAACCCUUGAGCAGACAGUUCUGGCGGUCUUCCGCCCGCGGCCGCACCUUCCCUCGGCGGCUUCUACCGUACCGUCGCGAGGACUCGGUAGCACUAGCACCAGGAGCAGCAGCAGCAGCAGCAGCGCCGCUGACCAUGCUGGAAAGGGCGGCGACGGCACCGAGGCGAAAGCCAUCUCGAAGGGAGAGGACUGGUCGAUAUCAUCCCUGCUUCUUCCGCCCAAGUUGGCCUCGUCUCAGGCGGUCCGACUGGAAGGGUGCCCCGUCGCCAGCCGCAGCGCUAUCCACGUCGUCGGGGAGCUUGUCUCCUUCAGCGACGAUGCCUCUCCUGCCACCCCUGGCUGCGCGAUUUCUGGCUCGGACUGCGAUGCGGGGCCGUCGGAGGCGGCUACGGACCCAGGCGUUGACGCCGAGACGCCCGUCAACGUGAUUUCCAGGGUGUUGCCGUCGCCUGUAGCCGCCGGAGGCAAGAAGAGUAAGUCGAGGUCUUCGUCCAUGACGGAGUUCUUGCAGAGAAAGCUCUGGGACCUUGCCACGGGAUCCGACGGACAAGGGUCGGCGGACCCCUAUACAAUGACCGGCGAUGGCGCCGCAAAGGCGGAUGCUGCUGUCGCUGCUGCUGGUUCGUAUUCCGCGCCGCCGGUGGCCCGGCUCGACCACUAUCUUUCCGGGCGCGGGGGAACUCGCGGCGUCUCAGUCUCGCACCUCGUUAACAUGCACCCGACGUCGGGCGCGUUCGCAGAGUUCGUCCAGCCCGUCCCGUUCUUCAUGGUGCCGAUGCUGGGAACGCUGCGGGCUCGAUUGGUCUCCCCUUGCUCUUCCUCUCGCCUGGGAGACUCUGGUGCAGCUCAUCAUCCCGGCACUUCCACUGAAGGAGAGGUCUCUGCGCCGACGCUCGGCGGUGGCGCUUCGGCCAUCGGCGGUGAGCGGUGCAUCGGUGGCGACGACCGGGGGCUGGGUCCGCUCUUGGACCUCGCGCAAAACAUCACGCUCACCCCGGGGGAAGGUCGCAGGCCGGCGGUUGUCGAAGUUCGGGCAAGGGUCCCGCCGGCUUCGACCCUGGUCCUGGAGUUCGACUUCUUCAAGCGCUUCUUGACAGUGGAAGACUUCCCCCCGGACCCGAGCCGAGGCCUCGACGUCCCUCCCCCGCUCGCGCGGUUCUCGUUCGCCGGGAGGGAGGGCGAGGUCGGGGAGCCCGUGUGCAAGGAAGGCGAACGUGGCGGGGAGAAGCCGGGGCAUGACGGAAAAUGUGCUGCUGUUGGAGACGGGGGGCGUCCACUGCGUGAGCGCCGGGGACGGAGGGAAGGGGGCCGUGUUGUAUACGCGUACGGGGAGGCCGGGCUGUUGGACUCCCCUCAGCCGGAUUUCAGCAUGCCGUUCAACGUCAUAACCUUCACGAGCACCGUGAUUACGUUCUUCUUGGGCACGGCUAUCAAUCUUCUCGUUCGGAAGAGCGCUUCCUCCCGUAGGAAAAAGAAGAGUGGAAGCGCAGAUAACACUGGUGACAACGAUAGUAAUGGAAAAUGUGGAAAAAGUGCCAGGGGGAAUAAGGACGACUGUCGACGAAGGUUUCAUGGAUUGCUUGGUGGUGCGUUCGGGUUUUUGAAACGUGGACGGGGCCAGGGGGUGGUGGCCGGUAGAAUACGCAAGGAAGUAGGUCGGGUGAAAGACGAUUGAUUGUGAGGUUGCUGGGAGAGGUUCGGGCGGGUGACUGUGCGUGGAUCGCGUUAGUGUUGUUUUCUGUGGCUCGCGUUUCCCGGGUGACCACGAUGCUUCUUCAGCAUUGGGUGGUAGUUGUUGCCGGGAGCGUGUCAUAUCCCGUGAUCUAGUUGUUGAUUGUCAUACGAGUACCCUGCUAAGUUUUGAAAUGCAACCCGCGCCCCGAAGGCGAGGUAGUGGUGUGUGCAAUUCCCAUGGGUUCCGUGUAGCACGUGCGCGCAAAUUCGAAUUGUGAGGUCGCUGUAUUCUUCCAAAAGGGCACGCCCGAAGCGCGAUCGGGGUCUAGCAGGCAGUAUGUGUGUUUGAUGUACAGCUAUGUUGCGUGUCUCGUGUGCAGAAUCCCAA